AUGAAAAAUUACAGCUAGUCAGUUUUCAAUUCUUUGCAAUCAUCAUCACGAUCAGAAUCAAAUUAAUAACUUCUUGGCUAAGGCAAGAGUGAUGAACAAAAGACAACGGUGAGUGAAAAUUUUUCCGAAUUCGAUGAGGACAAAAAGCUAUUCACUCUUAAUGAAAAUAAAAUAAGCAAUAAGUUUGAGGAUCAUAUGGCUAGGACGUAAGACGAAUAACUGAAAGAGUCCGAUCUAGGAGCUCAUUAUUAAUCUGCAAGAUAAACUUCUACUACUGGGACUUUAUUUGGAAAUAGCAAUUAAUCAUCUACAGGUUCCUAAUCAGUUGAUGAUUUGAUCCCAGGAGCUAAGCCUUAGUCAGAACCUGAUGUUGAAUCUAUUCCAUGUCUUUAUAUGCCCUAGGAUGAUGGUGCAAAAAAGCUUGUAAUCUAUUUCCAUGGUAAUGCAGAAGACAUCGGACUAGCUUUCGACUUAUUAUAUUAAUUUGGGAACGAAAUGAGAAUGCACAUUCUUGCAGUUGAGUAUCCUGGCUACGGACUCUACAAGACAUCUGCCCCUGAUGAAAACAAGAUUAAAGAAGACGCUGAUAUUAUAUUCGAUUAUCUCACUAAAUUUGUCGGAAUUAAUCCUAUUGAUAUAAUACUAUUUGGCAGAUCUAUGGGAAGUGGACCAGCUACUUACUUAUCUUCCAAAAAUAAGGCAUUUAGUUUAUUGCUAAUGUCUCCUUACACUUCUAUAAAAGAUGUCUCAAGAAGCCUGCUAGGAAAGUUAAGUUUUUUAUUGACCCCAAUUGUCUAUGAGAGAUUCAGAAACAUUGAUAUGAUGAAAGAUGCACAGUGUCCUGUAUUUUUCCUUCAUGGCCUAAAAGAUAAGUUAAUUCCUCAUUCUCACAGUAUGGAUCUCAAUUAGGCUUGCCCUAUGAUUUCCUAUAUGCAUCUUCCACCAAAUAUGGACCAUAAUGAAUUUGAUUUCAUAGAUGAUUUAGUAAAUCCUUUCAAGGAAUUCAUAAGAAGACUAGGAGACUAAAGUAAGAAUAGUAUUAGAAGAGAAAAUGAAGAAAAUAAAAAAACUGAUGAACAAAGGCUGUAGGAAAACAGCUCAUCUGAACCUCUAUAACUUAAUAAAUUCCAAUUCUCUGUUUUUGUUAAUGACGGAAUUAUAACUCACUAGAGUGAUAUAGAUAACAGCUUUGUUGAUUAUGAUCCUAAGACACAGACAUUUGAAAUAUCCUUUGAGAAAAAACUUUAUGAACCUCCUAAGAUAAUAGUAGAGGAUGAGAAGAAGAAAUUAGAAGCUGUCAAGUAAAAAUCAGCUGCAUAAAAGAAAUGA